GGCCCUGAACGCAGUGCCUUCUGGGUCCCAGAAAGGACGGCUGGGCUGGAGCGAGGUGGCUUCGCGCUAUCUUUAAAGGCCUUUCUGAUUGAGUGGUGGCUGCCGAAGCUGAAUAUCCGGAUUGUAAUUUAUUUUCGAGGAUGUAUAUGAGUGCUGCCUCUACUUAAAUGACAAGAACAACUGCAAUCUUGCAGUCCAGCUUUUUUUUUUUUUUAAUCAGCGCGCUGUAUUUUUAUGGAGUUGACUAUGCCGUAAGAACCGCGAGGGAUUAUUAAACGGUUCAGUAAAAAGAAAAUAUGACUGAAUGGCAGAGGAAAACUCCUUUGGAAUGGCAGGCUUUUGUGGAUAAAGAAGUCAAAGUACUGGCUGCUGAGAAACACCAAUACAAAGGAUGGGUUUUAACAGUUGACCCAGUUUCUGCCAACAUUCUUCUGGCAAAUCCCCUUGAGAAUGGAAGAGUGUCUGUUGUAGUUGUUUUAGGACAUGCUGUGCAGAAUAUUGAAAUAGUGACUGAAAAAGAUGAUGAAAUCAAAGAAAAACUUGCACAUCUCUUUAUGGCUGGAAAAAGUCAAACUUAUAAUCAAGAAGAGCUGGACAGAAAGAAAAACUCCUUGAAGAGUUGGCUGGAGAAAAACCACAUCCCUGUAAAAGAACAGGGAGAAUCACAACCAACGCUGUGUGUGGCAGGUGUAUUAACCAUUGAUCCCCCAUAUGGACCAGAAAAUUGCAAUAGCUCUAAUGAAAUAAUUUUGUGUAGAGUUCAAGGAUUGAUUCAAAACUAUCUUGUGCUUCAGCAGUGAGGCAUAUAGAUUUCAUUACACUUAAAACACUUUCCAGCUUAAUAAAAAGUAGGAAUGCUUAAUGGUUAAUGCUCAGCCAUUGUUUCCAAAUGUUGUUUUGUUUUGUAUUGUAUACAAAUAGCAAUUGUAGUUGUGAUAAUUAUAUUUUAUAUAAAAAUAAUUUGACUUUUUUUCUCACCAAAUUCCUGCAAAGUUGAUUUUAUAUAAAAUAAAGUUAAAAAUAAAGUCAUUCUUAUUCUUUCCAGUCUCUUAAUUUGAAACCAAAAUAUUAACAUUUCUGAAGAACAUGGGACAGUAGUAUAAGCAAUAUUUUGGACAGUUCCUCCUAUGAAUAUGCAGCCUGUUUCCCAAUUGAAAGUACUGUAUAGUAAAUUUUAGAAGUCCAUUUUCUGUACAUACCCAAGUCCUUUUAAAAUAUUGAAAAUGGGCAUUUUCCUAUGUAAGACUUUUUCAGAUGCAAUAUAGCAAUAUUUUCCUUGACUUUAUUAUCUACUAUCACAAAACCACUUAUGUGCACAUGUAUGUUCCUUUGACUGGUCAGACCAUUGAUAGAAAUCUAAAACAUGUUUUGGUCACAUCUGUUGGGAUUUGUAGUUCAGCAUGGCAUCAUGUUGAAAAAGGCUGAGUAGACAAUUGUCUUUCCAAAUGUGGCAUUUGGGAAUGAUUUUAUAUGUGAAGACCCAAUGCUCACUAUCUACAAAGUCCUUGAUCAUUCAUGAAACUUACUGGUCACUACAUUUUCAAAUAAUUGUCACCUAUUGAAAUGACACUAACUGAAGCCAUAAAAGUUUCUUGUUUCUUGCUUAGUGGGGAGGGAGCUUUGUGGAAUGUAGAAUGUUUCCUUUCAGAGUGCCAGACAUAACACUGAUGAAGCUCCUAAGAGCUGAAGCUGACCCAGAGUAUCCAGGCAGGAGGGGAGUACUAAGAGGCUCAUCACCUGCUUGGUUGGCUAACAUGAUCUGGGACACAAGGGGGUGGCCAGUAUCUUUUAAUAAUGCCAAAGCAUAGGAACCAUUCAGAGUUGGCUUGACUUUGAACGUGCCUAUAUGAUGUACCCAAUAAACAAGAUAUUUGAAAAAGCAAGAGCCUCUGAGUCUUGAACUAAUUGGUAGCAUAACUUGGAACCAUGACAGUAAUAAGUAGUUGAGGUGAAAUACUGUAAAAAUAUAAAUUCAGUAUUAAUAGGCAUCCUAAAUAUUUAUUUUUAAACUCUGAGAAAUUCAUAAGGAACUUUAUUGACGUAUUUCCAAAAUGUUGUUUGACUGAAAUUCAUAAGAUUUUCCUUAUUCUGACAGAAGUCUGCAAAAACUUUGGGCUUUGUUAAUAAGGUGCCAGAUGAAAUUCGUAAGUCAAUCAGUUGAUUAUAAAAUAAGUUUUCUCAUACUUAAGUUUGUCAAUCACUUUUCUGUCCUGGAUAGAAUCAAGCUCAAAAAAUCAGGAGGUAGCUGUUUCCCAAUGUUUACUUUCAUCAUCAAUUUUGCAAAACUUCCCUCCCUCUUACUAUAUCCACAAAUCAAACCACAAUGCUUUGAGCAGUUUCAAACAGACUAUAGUUUUCUUAAAAGGAAUGACAGCUAUUAGUUUUGAGAAUGCCUUUAUUUAUUACAAUAUUUAUAUAAAGUAUAUAGCCUACAUCAGGCUCCAAAACUAUAUUAUUUGAGAAUAAUGAGUAAUACAGCUUAGGCCAAUUUUAUGCUAAAAUUAUUCCAUAAUUUGUAUUGCUAUAUUUGAAUUCUAGCAGCCAACACUGAUUAUUUGACUAAAUGAAAAUAGAUGUACAUUUACUGAAAUUGGACAGGAAUCAUUUUUGGAUGCAGAGCAAUGUAGAAACCAUGAUUAUGGUAUGUUUCAUGCACUGCCUUUUUGGGAAGGGGAAGAACAAAUUAACAUCCUGCCAGAUUAUCAUAGACUAUUGGACACAAAAAGGGAAUGGUGAAUCAUUAAACAUCAAAUGUAUGU